GGCCCCUGGCUUGACACCCAUCGCCAUGCCGCGAUACAAGCGCACCGCCGAAGCAGCGCAGCUCGAUGCUGUCGCCGAGCCAUCGAUGGCCGCAGCGACGAACGAAACGCUCAUGAAGCUGCGCAACAUGUGGGAAUUCGCCAGCCUCAUGCAGUACAUCUUCCUCUUCGGGUCUGCGGUGCGAAUUGACGACGACUUCGACAUCGAGGAUCUGGAACACGAAUGUCUACAACCCACGCCGAGCGACAAACUGGCUCACAUCGGCCUACAGCUGCUCAAAUAUGUCUCGUCCCAUCGAGGUCUGACGCCAGAGAUCUUCGACGAGUACACUCGCCGCCAGUACGUUGCCAAGGCACCGAAUCGCAAUCCCUUCGGAGACGACGAGGAGCCGACGAAGUUCAACGAGAUGGACAUUUGCACCCGUAUCAAAGUCCUGCACCAGCUGAGUGUGUGGACGCUGGGCAACGCAGAUCGCAUGCGGAGCCUGAUGCCACAGGACGAAGAUCAUCUCAACUGGCGCAUCGAGCCUCUUGGCUGGGACAAGGAGGAUCGUUCAUACUAUGUGUUGGACGACAACCGACUCUACCGCCGCGCUGACGAACCUCUGCCACCACCCACGCCGAAGCCCAAGGCGAAGCCAAAAGCCAGUGCUAAGAACAAGAGGAAGGCACCCACGCGGGGAACCCGUACGAGCAAGCGUAGGAAAGUCGAAGAGAGCGAAGAGGAAGAGUUGGAGGACCAGCCAGAAACAGAUGCAAGCGCCAUGGAUGUCACAGAUAUGGGUAAGGGGGAGGGCGCCACGCAGCUCGAAAUGGAAGAGCCGGGGUAUGGCUUCACGGGUAAGACUUGGUCAUUGAUCGCCAUCACGCUAGAGGAAUACCAGGACUUCAUGGCGACUAUCUUCCGGUCUCGCGAUCCGAACGAGAAGCAGCUGCGUACCCGCUUGGAGGAGGACGUGCUUCCGAUCAUCGAGAAGCGGGCGGAGGCAUUGAAGGCGAAGCAGAUGAAGAAGAUUCGGGAACUCGAGAAUCUGCAAAAGAUGGCCACUGCCAAACGUUCCAGUCGUCUGGCCGACAAGGCUGACAAGGAGGCCGAGGCCCGCAAGGAGCGCGAGGCACAGGAGCAGAGGGAACGCGAACUCAAAAUGGCACGCGCGGAGCAGGAAAGACAGAAGCGUAUUGAAGAGGGACACGAAUCUCGACGUCUUACCCGCGAGCAGCGUGUGCGCGAGCGAGAAGCUAAACGCAUUCUCCACGAAGAAGAGCUGGCGCGACUAGAGGCAGAAGGCGAACGUGCGGAAUCGCAAGGGGUAGAGCCAGAGACUGUCGACAGUGACGGGAAGCGGGCUUCUGGGCGUCAACGACAAACGCAACGCGAGCAGCACAAGAAAGAGCUGGAGAGGCUAGCUGAAGAGGAGGGCAAUUGGUAUUUCGACUGCUCCGUCUGUGGCCAACACGGUGAGAAUAUGGACGACGGAACGCAUAGUGUGAGUUGUGAGCGCUGCAACGUCUGGGAGCACAGCGCGUGCCAUGGUUACACGCCGAAGCAAGCAGAACAACAGGCUUUCAUUUUCAUCUGCGGCACCUGCAAGCGGAAGGAAGAAGACGCGAAGAAGCCCAAGAUCCCUCCGUUGAAGCUACACAAUCGUUCCAGCGACAGUCCCGAGGCUCAAAAGGUGAAUAUCCGGCCACCAACAGCGAACGGCCAGAAUGCACCUGCUCAACAAAGCCCGGGAGCACAAACGAAUGGACAGUACCGGUCGCCUCAAGCCAUGCCACAGCUCCCACAGGGUCAUGGAUACCCUGCGGUUGGCAACUUCGCGUCACGAUUCAACGACACUGCUGCGCCGCCUCGUCCCUAUGCCGCUCCCACAGUGCAGAACGGGCAACCCUCGCAUUAUCAACAACACCAAAGCGUGCACCACGAUGCUGUGUCGCAUGCGGGUGGCCACCCGCAAAGCGCACAAUUUCAUCCACCUCCGCCUCAUCACUACCAGCAACCACAAGCUCAGUAUAACCACUACCAAUAUCCGCAAAAUCACCAGCCGUGGCAACAGUACCAACAGCAAGGACCACCUCCACAAGCUCAGUAUAGGCCAGGGUCAUCCCAGAUGAACGGCUUCCAGUCACCCAGCAAGGCAGAUGCCAAGCCACUUUACCCGCCUGCUGCCUCACAAGUACAGCAGCACUAUCACCAACAACAACCUCAGCAGCAGCAAUAUCAGGCUCAGGCUCAGCCCAGUCACCAUCACCAGCAGACGCAGUUGAGUCCUCGACCGCCGCAGCAGUCACCACCUCAAUUAGCGCCUCGGCAGCUGCAAACACCGCUCAUGCAUAAUCCGCAGACCAAUGCAGGCGGAAGUCCACACGCGAACCAAGUGGCAGCUGAUGGCAUGAACGGGCCCUGGCCAAAAGGCUCGUCCCAAAUCCCGCAGAAGCAUGCUCAGAGUCCUGCGCCACCUCCGAGCGAGUCGAAGGUAUUGCCGCCUCUCACGCCGCUCGCACCAUCCCCAGGACAGGCAACGACCACGAACAACAACAUACCGGUCAAGAAAUUGCAACUGUCUCCUGCAGCUCCGAGCGCAGUCACGCUUCCUCCGAUAGCGAGUAUGGAACCCGCUCAGCUUGCUCGACCGCCUCAAUCAGUGCAGGCGGCGCCAGGAGCUGGGCCUGAUCGCCUGGACCAGCAGUCAUGAUCAUUGGUGCCCUCUUUUGCGUAGCAGAGGUCUUGCAUUACAGAGUCGUUUGGAUAGCGGAAUGCAUUGAAGCGCCGACAUGGCCAGAUUUGAAAUGCACUUGUUCGAACGCAGCGUAGUUUACAGUUAGAGCGAUAGAUUCUGCUCACGGACCG